AUGCACCUAAAUAUGGCCUUAAUAUUUCUAUUCCUACCACAAUUCAUAUCAGCAUCUGCUAUUUCCGCUGAAUGUCAUUCCUGCCUUCCUCAUCCGACAAAUAUCUAUUGGAUAUCACGCUCGAGACCUCCAUGUUUGCACCCAGGUCAACCGAUAUUCGAUUGGCCUGGUAAGGACUGCCCCCAUUCACCUGGCAUCCACUCCGAUCAGAUUUCCGUUGACAAAUCGGGUUUGGUGUUUGCCAAGCAGCGACUGUGUUUCUAUUUUGCUUUCGAAAUCAUCGACUACACGUAUGAUUGUGACGGUAAGCGGCUGGAUGCCAAAUUCCGGAUCGGUCACCCAGUUUUCUCAAAGCAACGACGAUUCAAACGUUGGCUGAGGCGAAGAAAUCCCGAUCCGAACACUAUACACUUCCAGCAGGAGAGCUACGUCAAAGAACUGGCCGAAUCAGCGGCUCCUGGCACGCUUGUGGUUACGGUGAAAGCGGUUCAUGUAGCUGAUCAGCCUCUUUACUAUUCCUUAGCUGCUCCACAGGAUUCACGAUCACAAAAUAUCUUCACCCUAGACACGAUUUCCGGAGAAAUCCGUUUGGCGAAGUCACUUGAUCGUGAAAUUCUUGACAAGCACGUACUGAAAGUGACCGCAUACGAACGUCUCGAUCCUACCGUAUCGUCCAGUGUUACCGUAACUGUUGACGUGCUAGAUGUGCAGGAUAAUAGUCCGAUUUUUGAAAGGGACUCUUAUUUUGCUGAUAUUCGUGAGGAUGCGCCGAUCGGAACCACUGUGCUCUCUGUUUUUGCAAGGGAUCUUGAUGCUGGAGCCAAUGGAGAGAUCCUCUAUUCAUUGGCUGAAGGCGAAGGACAUGACCUGCUUUCGAUCAACACCAAGUCCGGGGUGAUCCAGACGGCUGCUCCACUUGACAGGGAGACCCAGUCACUGAUAAGGCUCGAUGUUAUCGCCACCGACAACGGCGAUCCUCCACGGAAGAGCUCGGCAUUGGUAGAGAUAGGUAUUACUGAUGUGAACGACAAUGCGCCGAUCUUUGAGCAGGAGAUCUACAACAUCAGUGUCAUGGAAAACGCCACAUUGCCGGCAACCAUAGCCAGACUGAAAGCUACCGACAAGGAUAGCGGAAUUAAUGGAAAGGUUCACUACAGUAUUGUGCCCACUUCCCAAGUGCCCAUCACUGUCGACUACAAUACCGGUGAAGUGGUGCUAAGAGAGCGUCUAGAUGCUCGAAAUUCGCCUUUUGCCGUGUUGGCUCGAGCCAAAGAUGGCGCUCAACCAGCUUUGAGCACCACCGUAUCCCUACUGAUCUAUGUUGUCGACAUUAAUGACCAUGCCCCAACGUUCAUCGCUUCCCAGAAGAAGGUGUUUCUUGAAGAAAACGUGGCCGUCGGAGAUGAAGUGGGUAGGGUGUACGCUAUCGACGAGGAUUCUGGCGACAACGGCAUCAUCAGAUAUUCCCUGAAUGGCUCAUCAGACUUCUCGAUUGACCCUGAAUCAGGAAUUAUCCGAACUACCACAUCGCUUGACAGGGAAAGAACGGCUCAGUACAUCCUACAGGUAUCGGCUACUGAUCGAGGCGAUCCUCCACUCUCGUCGUCCACCGAGAUUAUGGUGAUAGUAAAGGACGUGAAUGAUAAUGCUCCUGAAUUCCCGAAAGCUGAGUACAAUCUCUCGCUUUCUGAAGAAACUCCCCGUGGCAGUCAGAUUAUCGUGCUGAAAGCUGAGGAUAAGGACGCUGAGCAGAAAAUCGUCUACCGUAUAGAGCAUAUGGACAAAGAUGUCGUCGCCUUAAUAGAUCUUGGAGAGCAGGGAGCUUUGCUGACUUUGUCCGGGCAGUUGCACAGUACUGAUCACCUAAUUGGUCUAGAAAUAUCAGCAACUGAUCAGGGUGGUCUACAAGGACGAUGCCGUGUGAAUAUCAUUGUCGAAGAUGUCAACUCUCCACCAUACUUCACCGAUCAGCUGUUCGCAGUGCGGAUUCCUGAAGAUUCCCCCAUCGGCUUUCACGUCAUCACGAUCAAG